GAUGGUGAUUGUAUAGCUGAGCUGAUUCAGGUGUUUACAACAGACAACAGUAUCCAGCUGUUAGCAAAGAUGGAUGCCACCAUCAAGCAAGAUUUGCCACCUCCUGGAGGAUAUGAAAAAAUUCAGUAUGCUCGUAAUCCAGCAAAAACAUUCUUUAGAGGAGGAAGGUUGCUUGCUGGAUUUAUAAUUCUCAAUGGCUGCACCACCUACUAUUACUUUAACCAUGUUUAUCCUGGAAUUCUCCAUCGGAGGGUUGAAAAAAAAGGUUCACAUUUAGCAACCUUGCCUUUGCUGUUGGCUGAACAGGAUAGAGCAUUCUUAAAGCACUGCAGAGCUUUGCGAGAUGAAGAGGAGAAACUAAUGGCCAAUGUCCCUGGCUGGGAGGUUGGGAAGUGGAAUGGACAACCAGUUUUUAAAACACUUGAUAAGGAUGUUUUUUCUAAUCCAAUCCUUAGUGAGUACUAUUGCCAUGCCCCUUACAUGGAUUUCUACAAGAAAGCUAUGGAAGAGGCAAUCCAAGUUUAGUUUUCAUUCCUGAUGUAAAUGUGAAAACAGGAAAAUCUAGUAAUGAGUAUUGAA